GGACGCCUUGGAACCGAGUUUUACGCCGUUGUCAACAAAGACUGGGCGGUGGAGGCCCCCCCUCCAUCUGGGUCUUCUCCUUUUCGGUCUCAGUGGGAUUCUUGAGCCUGAUCUCAACGCUAGGCUGUGGGGGAAGCCGGCGGCCGGCAACCGGAGAUGCGCUCUAGGCCGAGCGGCUUUCGUCUCUAUGACCACAGGAGGCCGUCCCCGGCGUCCUGCGCUGUGCGCGCGCGCGCGGAGGGGGCGCGCGUCAGUUCCGCGCGGGGCUGUCGGGGAACCAUGGCUGCCCCAAGAGAAAAUGUCAGUUUAUUAUUCAAGUUAUACUGCUUGGCAGUGAUGACCCUGGUGGCCGCAACCUAUACCAUAGCUUUAAGAUACACAAGGACCUCAGACAAAGAACUCUACUUUUCAACCACAGCCGUGUGUAUCACAGAAGUGAUAAAGUUAUUGCUAAGUGUGGGAAUUUUAGCUAAAGAAACUGGUAAUUUGGGUAGAUUCAAGGCGUCUUUAAGAGAGAAUGUCUUGGGGAGCCCCAAGGAGCUGAUGAAGCUAAGUGUGCCAUCGUUAGUGUAUGCUGUUCAGAACAACAUGGCUUUCCUAGCUCUCAGCAACCUGGAUGCAGCAGUGUACCAGGUGACCUACCAGUUGAAGAUUCCCUGUACUGCUUUAUGUACUGUUCUAAUGUUAAACCGAACACUCAGCAAGUUACAAUGGAUUUCAGUUUUUAUGCUGUGCGGCGGUGUCAUACUUGUGCAGUGGAAACCAGCCCAAGCCACGAAAGUCGUGGUGGAACAGAAUCCACUGUUAGGGUUUGGCGCUAUAGCUGUUGCUGUAUUGUGCUCAGGAUUUGCAGGAGUAUAUUUUGAAAAAGUUUUAAAGAGUUCAGACACUUCCCUAUGGGUGAGAAACAUUCAAAUGUAUCUAUCAGGGAUUGUUGUGACAUUAGUUGGCGUCUACUUGUCAGAUGGAGCUGAAAUUAAAGAAAAAGGAUUUUUCUAUGGUUACACACAUUACGUCUGGCUUGUCAUCUUCCUUGCUAGCGUCGGAGGCCUCUACACUUCUAUUGUGGUCAAGUACACAGACAACAUCAUGAAAGGCUUCUCUGCAGCAGCAGCCAUUGUCCUGUCUACCGUUGCUUCCGUGAUGCUGUUUGGAUUACAGAUAACACUCACCUUUGCUGUGGGCACUCUUCUUGUAUGUGUUUCUAUAUAUCUCUAUGGAUUACCCAGACAAGACACUACAUCCAUCCAACAAGGAGAAACAGCUUCAAAAGAGAGAGUCAGUGGUGUGUGACUUCAGCCUCAGAAGAGAUUCCUACUAAGACUAAACCAUUUGCAUUAAACUAGAGCCUUAAGUCAAUCCCAGAAGGUAGCUUAAACAAACAAACAAAAACUGUGGCAUCAGAGUUAAGAAGAAAGCCAUGUGACUGAGUUGCUAUAGAGAUCUAAUGUGACCUGUUUGGAGUCAACCUGUUUCGUCUUAGAAUGGGGGAUUUUUAUUAAUGUGUAUAUAUAUAAUGUAUAUAUAAAGUAUAGAGAUGAUACGGUGUUUAAAAAAAUCAUGUGAGGCUACAAUAUUCAAUUAACAACAUUUGAGGUUAUGUUAAAGAUAAAAGUGCCAAAGUCACUUCUGGAAUAACUGUUCUCUUGUUCAGGUACAGGGGAGGAGGACGUCCUCUCCUUACUCUCCAACGUGUGUACAGUAUUUGGGCUCAGCUGCAGGAAAGACCUAGCUCUUUCCUUACAAAAGAGAGGCAAAAAUAAGACAGGCUAGUUCAGAAACAAACUGAAUGUGUAACUUCUCAAGCUGAAUCUGUUUCACAACUCAGACAAUGCUUUCUGGGUGGUGACUGAGUACUCCUUUAAGUGCUGUAUUUGUGCCAUUCAUUGUCUGGAUCCAUAUUUCUUUGCUGUUAGAUGAUACACUUUUCUUCAAAAAAUAUUUCUAAUGUCAUUUUUGUACUUUUUUUUUUAUAAAGUAUGUUUAACUGUUGGGCUCCCAGUAACUUGUGAAAUUUCAGUGUUUUUUAAAAAAAAUUUCUAUAAAGUUAUGGGAAAAUUCAGCAAUAAACAAUUUAUUUACAUGAAA